AUGAGAAUCGCAGCUGCCGCCUUCGCCCUCUGGGUUUCCUCCGUCAUCGCCACUCCCCUCGCAGAGAAUCUCUACACCCGCGAGGAGGCCCAAUCCCUCGGACUCCCCAUUGUCGACCUCGAAUGGACCGGCCAGGUCGUCGAGGGCGGACCCACCGUCACCCUCACCGGAACGGCUCAGUCCAUCUACGAGGAGAUCCUGAAGAUCAACCCUGACUUCAAGUCCGACGAAGUCGAGGAGCGUGGACUCGAGGCUCGCCAGUCUGAUGGUACUAUUCAAUGCGGCAACGCACCCUACGUGACGAACUACAACAGGCAGUGCGGUGAGGGCAUCAGCUACCUCCGCCGUCUGGGCGGCGGCAACGGAAUGUGCGGUACACCUGCUGGUGUCUGCACCCGUGUGAGCUGCUCCAACAACUGCGGCAUGUAUCUCUGCAGCAACUCCGCAAAGAGCGUCAGGUGCAACUCCAUCGCCAACGAUAUCGAGUGGAUCUCCAGCAGGUGCGGUCGAACCGUCAACGGCGUCUGGCAGUCUCGCGGCCGCCUUGUCUUCCGCGAUGGCCAUGCUACUGAGCUUAGGAGGCCUGACAACCUCUGCUGA